AUGGCUACUACUAUGGAUUCUCCCACUGCUGGUUUUAAAGAAAGAAAUAUUGGGUCUUUAUUUAUUAAUUUUUUUAUUGAUACAUUGGAUUUUGGAGCAGUGGUUGUUCAUCUGAGAGCCACUGGUGAUGCUCCCAUUCUGAAGCAAGCAAAGUUCAAGAUACCUGGAACUGACAAAUUCGCCAAAGUUAUCGACUUUUUAAGACGACAACUUCAUCGAGACACCAUGUUUGUGUAUGUGAACAGUGCAUUCUCACCAAACCCUGAUGAAUCUGUCAUUGAUCUUUACAACGUAAGAUUUUUCAUUUACUCCAUUCAUUCAUCCAUUUAUCUGCCAAUUCAUUAAAUUUUCAAUUCUGUGUCUUUAAUUGGUUUUCUAAGAAGGUAGGAAGAUGUUUGUUUCAACUUUCAAGACAUAAUUAUAUGUAUUAUUCACUUUUGCCACCACCCACUUUUAGAGCCUCGCUGGGAUAACCAUUAUCUAAGUUUUCAGUAUUAUUACUAUGUUAUCUACACUUACCAACUCUGUACUAUUCAAUUCAAUCAACAUUUGAAGGAAUGUAGGUGUUGUGGAAUUCAAUGUUCUUUAUGACACUCUUUUGAUCAAUAACAUGUUCUGUUUCGCCACUUCACUAUUGUCUUUUUCAUUCCAUAGAACUACCAUCUAACAUUCAAGAGAAGAUAAUAGAUAAUUUGCAAUGGUUCUGUGACUUUGUUCAAUGAUCAUUUGCUUGAUAUUUCAAUAAAUUCAUAAACAAAUAAAUCAGAACAAUUCAAAAUCUCAAAUCAAGAAAAUUAAAAGUUUAGAUUUAUAAUCUUUACAAAUAUGAAAAACUUAAAUAGAUCUAUUACCAUUGUUGUUGUCGUUGCUUAGUUACUGAAUUUUUAAACAAAAACUACUAAAACUUAUAUAAAACUAAAAUUUACGUGGCUCGACACGUAAG